AUGUUAUGUAGAUUUCUGCAAUUAAAUAAGCGAUGCUUGUCAAAUCAACGAUUGGCAAUCACAUCAACAGAAUUUGUCGAACGUCGACAGCGUAUUAUUGGAUGUGUUAAAGAACAGACUUCAAAUAUCUCAAGCAAUAAGCCAAUAGUGGUUGUUCUUCACGCUCCAAGUCGGCAGUUUUGUGCUCCGGAUGUACCUUAUUCUUUUAGGCAGUGCUCGUAUUUUCGUUAUUUCACUGGUUUAGUAGAACCUGAUUCAGUUCUAAUGAUUACUGCUGAACCAGGCAAAAAAUCAUUAUCAACUUUGUAUAUAAAUCGUCGAAGUGAACAAGAAGAACUUUGGGAAGGUCCAAAUGAAAGUCAUGAAGCGAUCUUUAAAACUUCGGGUAUUAGCGAUAUUCAGGAUAAGCAAAAGUUUAUUCCAGAUUUGGAAAAAAUAAUUCGAAAUUCAAUAGCUUCAUUCGACAUGAAGCAAUUCUAUUUGAAAGAUCAAAUUGCUGAGCUUCUAGCAACUUCGAGCUUUGUGAUACCAUUGCGCGAAAUUGUUGAUACGUUACGCUGGAUUAAGUCUCCAACAGAACAAAAUUUGAUGCGAAAGUCGUGUCGAAUUGGAUCCCAAGCUAUAAAUGCUAUGAUAUGUAACAGUCGUUGCGUAACAAACGAAAAUGAAAUCGUAGGUCGGCUAGAAUUUGAGGUUCGACGGCGUGGUGCUUCAUGGCUUGCCUAUCCUCCGGUUGUAGCUGCAGCAGACCGUGCCAAUAUAAUACAUUAUUUAAACGCUGACCAGACUAUAAGUGAAGGCGACACAAUACUAGUUGAUGCUGGCUGUGAUUAUCAGGGCUAUAUCAGUGAUAUCACGAGAGUUUUCCCUUGUUCUGGACAAUUUACUCCAUCACAGCUUAUGUUAUAUAAUACGCUUCUUGAUGCUCAUUUAUUUCUUAUAAAAUUUGCCAAAUCAACUCGUCCACUUAAAUUGAAUGAUCUUUAUUUAGCUAUGAUAGAUAAACUGGCGAAAAAUUUUAGUGAAAUCGGUUUAUUCACUCGAAAUUUAAGUGAAAACGAACUUUUCCAUGUAUGUUUUUAUUUUUUAUUUAUUUUGUUUAUUUUCCCUAUGUGUGGUCAUGAUCUUAGCUGUUAUUAG